AAAAUCACGGGGCUAAUGAUAUCCACAAUCUGCCAUUAAAAAUUAAUUUUACUUUUUUCCCUUUUAAUUAAAAGAAAUCUUUAUUCUCAAUCGAACCUACAUCAUUGGUCAGAGCCUCAGAGGCCUUGUCUCAAAUUUUAUUUUGGAAAACAUGAAAAUGAGAAAAAUUUAAUAAAUAAAAACAUGUACAUUCUCCCGACUGCUGGUUCAUCCGUCGCUAUCACUGCAGUAUUAACGAGCUCAAUGUCGACAAAACCCCCUUAUGUGACUUCGUUUAAUUCAACAAAGCGCAGAAGUGUAACAGUUGUUAAACAUAAUAGGAUAAGUAGUUACAUGUACGGCGACCAGCGGAAUGUGGUUUGAAAUGCCUCUUAUUUAUCAGUGAAGAUACUCAGUGCUGGAAUACGAUUGAAGUGUCUUUUUCUUCCUUCUUUUUCACAAAAAAUAAGCAGCAGCCGUUUUGAUAUCGCAUUAAAGAUAACACAAGAUUUAAAUUAUGAUAUGAAUAAAAAUAAUAAACCGAUUGUACACGUAUACUUUUCGCUAAUUGUGUGAAUUAAAUUAGCAAAUGCUACGAGCAUAUGGUACUUAAAUUUCAAACAAUCUGUAUGAGAAAACAAGCAAAGGAUGACGGCGUGCCUUCAGCUGUCAGACAUACUGCAUUACCUGAAUAAGCACCAAUAUUAUUCCACCUGUCCAUAAAGAGUUUAAGGGGUCUGCUGUAACAACCAAGGCUAGUGGAACUUUAUACGGAAAAUGGUCAAACCGCGCCAGUUCCUGGAGUAUCGAUUCCGGAGGGGGCCCAGUAGAAAUAUUUAUAGAGUGGCAAUGUUUCCACAGUCUGCAAAACUUAAGUUGGUCGGACAGUCAUUAGGGGCGAAAACACUUACCUUGAAUUUCAUUACAAUCAGUGGAUUCUGAAUGUUGUGAACACUGUGUUGAAGAUGGAAUUUGGAGUACAUCCAUUCAAAUAAAAUUCUUCCACAGUUGAGACAGAAUGCGUUAUUGAAUCAGGAUUCUUGAUUUUAUCCCAGAAUUCCAGAGUGUGAAAAACAGUCAAUUAAGUGUCUGAGUCGUUAAAAGUCACCAUGUUACUAUUGUGUAUUCUGACGUUUGUGUUUUCUUCUGUGUCGUCUGAGACCGAGGUACAGAUGGCGGUCUUGCUCCCAAACGACAGCUACCGCCUUUUCUCUGACGAUAAACUACUUCCGGCGAUAGAGAUAGGGAUUGAGCGGGUCCAGAAGGCCUUAGUUCCUGACGUCAAGUUUAACGUCAGCUACGCAGACACAAAGUGUCACAUUGGGAUCGCCAUGAACGAGGCCAUCAAAUUUCGCUAUAGCGGGACCGUGCACGCUUUUUUUGGCCCGGUGUGUGAUUACGCCGUGGCCCCGGUUGCUAGACAGUCAAAAUUUUGGAAUAUCCCUGUCAUAUCUGUAGGAGCAAUGGCGUCCGAAUUCCAUGACUUUAGAAAAAAGGAUUAUCCCUAUUUGAUACGUGCAGGCCCUGUGAAUUUUAACAAUGUUGCUGAAUAUUUUAAGCACAUGUUUGACUACUAUUCUUGGAGAAAAUUCAAAAUUAUUUAUGAACGAAACGGACAGGAUGUUGUGUUUGAGGAUUUCUGUCACAUUAUGAGUGUAGCGAUCUACUACAAUCUUAAGGCGGACAGUUCGAACACGACCAGUGAUUACUUCAAACUUGACCCCCAAGUCGAUCUGGGAAAUCUACUGGUCACUGAGACCGGACACUCGUAUGGAGGUAAGACCACCCUAAACUUUUUCUCUACAUUGUCUUAA